AUGGAAAAUAGCGAUAUAAGUAAAUAUGUAAAUUUGCCUUUCGGUGGAGAAAUGGAUGACAAUGUAGUAAUGUCUGAGGAAAUGGGAAACGUUUCCAUGUCACAAUAUAUAAAUGACACCGAAAGACAUGAUGGGCAAUCACUUGGAAAUUUAGGUGGAGCCACUAUAGAAAACGGAAAUGGUUUUACAGUUGAAGAUUUGAAUUAUAUACAUUUUGAUGAAUUUGUUCACUCCUCUGAUACUAUUGCCGUGACUGACGGUCCACAAAUAAUAUGGAAUAUCAGUGCAACACCAGACGGUCAAAUAACUACACAAGAUUGGAAUACAUCUUCUCUCGUACUUCAUGAUUCUGUACAAACGGUUCAGGAUAACAAUGCCCAAUCGAUGUUGAUAAACCCUGAGGCAGCUACGCAGUUUCUUAUCGAUCCUACUCUAAUGACGCAGCCACAACAACCUAUACAAGUUCAACAAGGGCAUUCUUACGGAACUCGGUUCGCAAAUCAAAUGCGACCUACCCCUGGAAUCCAACCUCGGCAAAGAAGACAAAGACCUAAAAAGGGUCAAGGAGAGACUGAUGAUGGACCUUACUGUAUAUGUCGUGAUGAUCGUCCAAUGGCAGAGGCUACGGGCAUUGAUCCAAAGGCAUUGUUAAUUGAAGAGCCAACAUCUAAUGAACCUCCAAAACCAGCAAAAUGUUUGUUUAAAGAUUGUUCAAAGCCUGCACGUGAAAAUAAUCCUUAUUGUGGUGAAAGCUGUUUAUUACAUGAUAAGAUCCUAGAGAUUAAAAUGACAAAGGGAUCGGAUUCAUCUUCAUCACCUGUUGCCGCGGAUAAAAAAAAUGUGCCUCGUCCUGUACUUCCAAAACCUGCACAACCUGCAACACUUAACGGUUCUUCACAGACAACUAAUAAAACAGGCCUUGUUAAUCAAAGGCUUCCUUCUAUGGUUUCUAAUUCCAUACCAGUAGGCACCAAACCAGGACCAUCUCAAAUUAAAAAGAUACCUGUGCAGCUGAAAAAAAUGUCAGGAAGUUCGGGUGAUAAUGCAACCAAAGUGCGAAAUAUAUGUUUGGAAAAGUUCCAAUCUCUCUUCGCUAAAAAAUAUAAUGAACUGAGCGAAAAAGGAGAAUUACAAAAUACACAAGAAGGGCCGGAGCAACUAGCUCAACGUCUUGCCCGGCGUAUUGAAGAAUCUAUUUACGAUAAUUUUGCCGCUAAAACUGAUAAAGAUGGUUUGGGUCAGAAUUAUAAAUCAAAGUUUCGAAAUCUUCAUACAAGUCUUAGUCAUCCAAAAAACGAAGAUUUAUUAAUGCAAGUCGUCAAAGGUGACAUUCCGCCAGUUCGAUUAGUAAUGAUGUCUGCAGAGGAUUUGGCGAAUCCUGAACAGAAAUCCCUAAUGGUCAAAGUUCGUAGGGAAAGUAUGCAACAAUCGGUUUUGAAAGUUGAUGACGGGCCAAGAAUAAAGAAAACUCAUAAAGGCGAAUUCAUAAUAAUCGAAGGUGGACAUGAAUCGCCCAAACGAGAUGCACCAGAUGUCAAUUCUACUGCAUCUACCACAAACGGCACUUUUACCUCACCUAAUAACACAAGACCGAAAAUAAAUAUUGAAGACUUAGUGCCAAAACGACGUGCAAGCACAACAGAUGGUAAUAAUCCAUUAUCCGCAAACAGUGAUACAUCAAAAGAUGAGUCUUUGUCUCGGAGGACUUCAUCUAGUACGGAAGACCUCAGAACUAAUUUCUUUAAAGCUACGCCACACGAAGAAAAUAAUGAUCAACAACCUGCACGGAAUUCAUCCGCAAAUAAUAAUAACAUGUUUAUUGAUACUGAUGUGACAGGUAGUCCUACGGCAAUUUCGGUGAGUUCACCAAUGAAUUCACCACAACUUUCUCCUCAAGUCUCGCCUAAGAUGAGUCCUCAUACUCCUCCUGGUGUACCUACUAACCUUAAUGAGCCUAAACUAUCGUUAACUUAUAUAUGGUCGGGUAAAUUGGUGUAUGAUAGUGUAGCCAGAUUUUCUGGCAAAGCAAGCCUUGUUGCCGCAAAAAAACGGAGUAAAGAAAGAUGUUGGGAAGAUUUUCUUGCAACGGUUAUCAGGGUUAACGGUCACGUGUCACGGGUGGAUGAAGCGGAAACAUAUUUAAUUGAUAGUUGGUGUUCGCCUUCAAAAGAUGUUGCUAUUAUCAAAUUUGAACAUGUUGAUAAUCUUGAUGACAAGCAACAGUUUGAUAUGAUAUUUAAUUACUUGCGCUAUUCUCAAAAGGAUAGGGUGAUGCGUUAUGGACGCGUUGCAAAUGCGUAUAGUAAUGUUAGGGAAAUGUACAUUAUUCCAUUAGAACCAGAUGAUAAAGUACCUGACGUUUUUACCUUUUUAGAUUAUGAUGAGCUACUAAUACCAAAAAAUAAUGAAAAACGUCAAUCAAAAUUAUUAUUGGGUGCUAUUGUCAUUGUUGAAGCUGAAUCUGUGAAAACGAAACGUCCACGUGAAUUGAAUGUGAAUAAUGCAACACGGUCAGUUAAAAAAGAGAAAGUAGAAUCUGCAUAUAAUGGUCAAUUGGGUAGUAAUGUCCAACCAAAUAUCGGAGCUAAUGUUGUAACUAAUAGUCCGGUGGCUCACGUUAUGACACCACAAACGAAUAUGGUUAUAGCCCCGGCGAACUCACCGCCAAACCAGCAAAUUUCUCAAAAUGUGACGGCGGUGACGUCAGCACCGAGCGGAAUUUUCCCCGGGUUACUGCAGUCAUUAUUAGCUGCUCCAAGUCAAAAUACAUCAUCAAAUCAAUUCCAACAACCACAACCCCAAUUUAAUGGACCUCCGCCCAAUGGUCCUCCAACCGCUUAUGCUAUGCCUACGCAACAACCGCCGCCGCCACAGAUGCAUAUGCCCUCUCAACCGAACCAAUACCCUGCACCUUUUCCAGCCGCAGCGCCGCCACCGAACGGUCAGUUCAUGCCACCACCACCACAUGUCGUACAAGGUCCUCCACAACCAGCGCCACAAGGACAAAUGCCUCCACCGGGGCAGAUGCCACCAGGAUUUCCCCCCCAAUAUGAACAAUUUUAUGCACAUCCACCCCCAAAUUAUCCACCUUCACAACAACCUCCCGCAAUACAGCCGCAGCAACAAAUUCCAUAUGGUCCACCAACACUUGGCCAGAACGUGCCACCUCUAGUUGGUCAGAACGUACCGCCUCCAGUUGGUCAAAAUGGGCCACCAUCUGUUGGUCAAAAUGUGCCACCAUAUCAUUAUCCACCAGCGCAGUCAGAUAACAGACGUCCUGGCGAACAACCUCAAUGGGUUCCUCCGCAGGAUAAUCGCCCAUGGGAUAAAACUAACAAUCAGCCACCUAUGUGGGAAAGGAAUUCGGAUAACAGGCCAAUGGAUCUCGAUAAUCGACCAUCAUGGGAUCAUGAAGACCGACGAUCUUAUGAUAUGAGACCACCAAGAGAUCGAAAUCAUCGACGACCAUCACCUCCUCAUUCGGAUUACCGUGAUUAUCUUGACAGAAGACAAAGAAACCAUCAUCGUAAUCGACAAGAUAGCCCAAGAAGUAGAGGAUCUAGAAAUAGUGGUGGAAAAGGUGAUCGUGAUUGGAACGAGCAAGAUCGAGAGUGGGGAAAUAGAGAUAAAGACAGAGAAGAAAGAUUUGAUCGUGGAAGGGAUCAACAUCGUGACAGUGAUCGAAGUAAUCGUGGUGGAAGAG